AUGAUUGGAGUUAUAAGACUACAUACUGCUAGUUUAAGGACUAUGCAGAUGGCGAAGAUAAGACCUUGCCAGUCGCUCCCCAAGCUUAGUUUGGCUCGCCUGUUUCAUCAAUCAGUAAUCUACAAACAACUCAGUCAACGACAGAAUCAACCCCAAAAUGAAGCUAAACUUGAAGCUGAAAGGGCACGUCUUGACAAACUCACCCAAGAAAGAGAAGAGCGCCAACGAUACAAAAAUAGAACUGCAACAUACUACACCGCCUCCCUAGGAAUUGUAUUUCUUGCAUUGGCAUUUUGUGCUGUGCCUGUUUAUCGUGCUAUUUGUCAGCGUACUGGUUGGGGAGGCAUCCCAAUCACUGACAGUUCACGAUUCACCCCUGAUAAGUUGAUUCCGGUAGAUACCAACAAACGUAUCCGUGUGCAAUUUACUUGCCAAUCAUCAGGUGUCUUGCCUUGGAAGUUCACUCCAUUACAAAGAGAAGUUUAUGUUGUCCCUGGGGAAACCGCAUUGGCUUUCUAUCGUGCCAAGAACAUGAGUAAAGAGGAUAUCAUAGGAAUGGCCACGUAUUCGAUUAUCCCUGAAAAUGCUGCUGCUUAUUUCAACAAGAUUCAAUGUUUUUGUUUUGAAGAACAGAGGUUAAGUGCCGGUGAAGAAGUUGAUAUGCCAGUGUUCUUUUUCAUUGAUCCUGAUUUUGCCAAAGAUCCAAAUAUGAGAAGUAUAGAUGAUGUUGUUUUACAUUAUUCGUUUUUCAAAGCAGCUUAUUCCGAUGGAGAAUUAUCGGCAGUGCCAACUGGGAAAUUGGAAUUGAAAGCGGAGAUGGUGCAGUGA